AUGGGUUUUGGAUUUGGUUAUCUUGUCCAUCUUUUUUGCUCACUACUUGUGCUGCAGCAUCUCGAGAUGGCUGAAGCAAAUGGGGAAAAGGUCGAAAGAGAGGUAUAUGAUAUGAAAUUAGGACGUGCUUUUAAAGAUAAUCAUCUUCGAGUUCAUGCUAGUAGGGACGAAAAUUCUGGCAAGAAUUUACAUGAUCAUUCAUUAUCUCACGUGAAUCACUUGGAUCCUGAACUAAAUGUGUUCUUUCAUGUCAAUGAACUUAAAGUUGGGAAGAAAAUGCAUAUCUACUUCCCAGUAAAAGACCCUUCUACCUCUCCCCCUUUACUGUCCAAAGAAGAAUCUGAUUCUAUUCCUUUUUCAUUAGAAAAACUUCAUUAUAUUCUUCAACUAUUCUCCUUCCCGGAGGGCUCAAAACAAGCCAAAGCAAUGGAAAAUACCCUUCAACACUGUGAAUUUCCACCCCUAGAAGGAGAAACCAAGUUUUGUGCCGCCUCCCUUGAAUCCAUGCUCGACUCAGUUCGAUCCAUAUUUGGAUUCAAGGCCAAAUUUAAAGUUCUCACGACGAAUCACCUUACAAAGUCCAUAACCCUUCUGCAAAAUUAUACUAUCUUGGAAGCUCCCGAGGAGAUUUUAGCUCAUAAAAUAGUGGCAUGUCACACGUUGCCUUACCCUUACGCGGUGUUUUAUUGCCAUAGCCAAGAAAGUGAUAACAAGUUGUUUAAGGUUUCAUUGGUUGGUGAGGAUGGAGGAAGAUUGGAAGCUGCUGCAAUUUGCCACAUGGAUACCUCACACUGGGAUCCUGAACAUGUCUCGUUUCACGUGCUGAAAACGCGACCCGGUGCAUCUCCAGUGUGCCACUUCUUCCCUGCUGAUAACCUUAUUUGGAUUCCAGUAGUCUAG